GGAAGUGAGGCCAGAGGGCAGGUUGCAGGGGCUGCUCCUCUCUGCCUGGCCCUGGGCCCCUGCAGAGGGAGAGGGUGGCAGGCCCUGGGCAGCUGGUGGUUGGGACUAAACCCAGGGCUGAGGGGUGGAGGCUGGAACCUGUCCCAGUGGAAGUGUCCCUUUAAUAGCUGCUGGCCCGCCGGCUUGGACGCCUGCUUUACCUCCUAUUCAGCUGUGGCUGCAGCUGCUGUGCUGACUCAUGUGCCCCAGCAGACAGCAGGAGCUGGAAGCAUGGGCUCCCCGGGGGCCCUGGCGGGCUGGGGGCUUCUGGAUUACAAAACGGAGAAGUAUGUGAUAACCAGGAACUGGCGGGUGGGCGCCCUGCAGAGGUUGCUGCAGCUCGGGGUCAUGGCCUACGUGGUGGGGUGGGCUCUCCUCGCCAAAAAAGGCUACCAGGAGCAAGACCUGGACCCCCAGAUUUCCGUCAUCACCAAACUCAAAGGGGUUUCUGUGACCCAGAUCGAGGAGCUGGGUAACCGACUGUGGGAUGUGGCAGACUUCGUGAAGCCACCACAGGGAGAGAAUGUGUUCUUCUUGGUGACCAAUUUUCUUGUGACGCCAGAACAAGUUCAGGACAGAUGUCCAGAGCACCCUUCCAUCCCGCUGGCUAACUGCUGGGCUGAUGAGGACUGUCCGGAAGGGGAGACGGGGACACACAGCCACGGCAUAAAAACGGGCCAAUGUGUGGAAUUCAACGGGACCCACAGGACCUGUGAGAUCCAGGGCUGGUGCCCCGUGGAGAGCGGCACUGUGCCCAUGAAGCCCCUACUGGUCCAGGCAGAGAACUUCACCUUGUUCAUCAAGAACACUGUCACCUUCAGCAAGUUCAACUUCUCCAAGUCCAAUGCCUUAGACACCUGGGACGCCACUUAUUUCAAGCGCUGUCGCUACGACUCACGCUACAGCCCUUACUGCCCUGUGUUCCGCAUUGGGGAUCUCGUGGCUGCAGCUGGAGGGGUCUUUGAGGACCUGGCAUUGCUGGGAGGUGCUGUGGGCGUCCGAGUCCACUGGGAUUGUGACCUGGAUGCUGGGGGCUCCGACUGUCGGCCCCACUACUCCUUCCAGCUGCAGGAGAGGAGCUACAACUUCAGGACAGCCACUCACUGGUGGAAAGCCUCAGGUGUGGAGGCUCGGAGUCUGCUCAAGCUCUAUGGGAUCCGCUUCGACAUCCUUGUCACUGGGCAGGCAGGGAAGUUCGGCCUCAUCCCCACGACCAUCACUCUGGGCACCGGAGCAGCUUGGCUGGGUGUGAUCACCUUCUUCUGUGAUCUGCUGCUGUUGUAUGUGGACGGAGAAGCCCAUUUCUACUGGAGGACCAAGUAUGAGGAGGCAAAGGCUCCGAAGGUGACCACCAACCCCGAGCAGACAGAACCAGCUUCUGCACCCCCGUGCAUGGCUGCCCAGGUGUCUUAGAGGGGACCCAGUCUGGGAGCCAGACACCGACACCAGAGUGACCGUGCCAAGGCUCCGGUCUCCCACUCACUGGCCUGUUCCUGAGGCCUGCAGCUGUUCCCUGCUGGUUGUGGGGUGGGGGUGGGGGCCCACCUUGGGGACCUCCUGGGCAAAGCCCCAGCAGGAGCAGGUAUGGGGGAGGGGAGAAUUCCACCCUCCUACUCCCAGACAGACUGUCUCUCCCCUGACUCCAGCUCUAGCAGGAUGCUGCCUGGGGGAGCCAGAGAAGCCAGUUUCGUAUAGAGACCUGCAGCAGAACAGGAGCCACAGAGAAGAGGAGCCCCUGGGAUACCCCCUUGACAGGGCAAUGGUCCAGUGGGGCUCCUGCUGUGUCUAGGUCUAAAGAACUCUCUCCCAGCCUCCAUCACCAGUGUUUUCAGAGGUGGCCUACUCACCAGCUGUCAGCACUGACCCUCCCACUGGCAAUGGCGGACUCCAGCCCUCCUCCCCCUACCUACACCCCAUCUUAGGUAGAACCCCUCCCUCUCAGCUGUGCCCCGCUGGGGUCUGUGCAACUGGAGUCUAAAGCAAGGGAGAAAGAAGCCUGACAAGAGGGGUCAGCUGCUCCCAUGUUGGGUUGCCUGAGGUGGGCUCCUACCCAACUCUGGGCCUCAUCCAUGGAAUGAGGGGUAUGUAGGAAGUUAAUCCAACCCCCUGGCACCCCAGGCAAGGGCACAGGCACCCUUUGGUCUCACACCUGCCCAGCUUAUGAGCAUCAGCUCCUUCUUGGUAGUAGCCCUUGGGGUGUGGAGGGUUGGGAUGGGGAGGAGAAGGUGAAGAGGUUGAGUUAGUGGUCACUGGAUCCUUUGGGAUCUUCUAUAUGCCUCCUCAUUAACCCCCCCAGCCCUGGAACCUGCUCACUGGAGCCAUGGGGUUAGGGAAGCUGUCCAUCUGCUACCCAAGGUUAUAUCUAAGAACCUGUCAGGGCAUCUGCACGUCCCAAAGGACACAAAGACCCCCAGCGGGCUGGCCUGGUAUCUUUCAGGGUCUGAGUCCUGCCUGCUGGAGAAAUCCCCCACCCCCCACAGCCCCAUAUCAGUAGGGGAGGAACAAGGGCUGUAGGAGCCAAACUCCUUCCUGCUCCCAGGGCAGAGGCAAGGAUUUGGGAGUACCCACCCCAGGGAGGCAAGGGGCUUCUUUCUCAUGGGUCCCUGGUGACCAGGGGUGUGCUGGCAGUUUGGCGGUGGAGCAACAAAGGCCAGCUGGGGAAGACCAGGGCUGGCGCUCAGGCUGAACUAGCAUCUGGGAGGCACCUGGAGCCCCAGCAAAGCCUCAGGGUCUCUGCUGCUUCUCAGUCCCCAGAGCAACGUCCAUGGGGAGGCAGGUUCAGAAGAGCCAGGGUGAGAGAACAUGGCUCUGAGGUGUGGUCAUUGGAGUUGGGGUCACAUGUACCUGGUUGUCCUCAGGGCCCAAUGAAAGCUGUCAUAGCUGCAGAAAGUCAAGGAGUAAAGCCUGCCAAAACCAGCAGUUUCCUGUGUAGUCCUUACAAUGUAAGCAGCCUUAGCAUUUCCCCAGAAUACUCCUGGGGUGCUUCUAGGCUGCAUUGGGAUGGCGGGGAGGAAACUCAAAGCCCA